GUGAGGUUCUUCCAAAAAACAAACCGCACUAACAAUGCUUUAAGUUGCAAGGAAUACAUUAAUUUAUAGCAAAUUAAACUAGUAAAUAACUAGAAAAACUGCCACAAAAUGUGGCACUGGAGUUUGUUGUGUGUUUUUCUACUCGUUCCUUUGGCAAACUCCACGGCUCCCAUCAGCUUUGAGGCUAACCCGGACACCAAACGUCUCUAUGAUGAUUUGCUAAGCAACUAUAAUCGCUUGAUACGGCCCGUGGUCAACAACACGGAGACCCUGACCGUUUGGCUGGGUCUGAAGCUGUCUCAGUUGAUUGAGGUGAAUCUGAAGAACCAGGUGAUGACCACAAAUCUGUGGGUGAAGCAGAGAUGGUUUGACUACAAGUUACGAUGGGAUCCCGAGGAAUACGGAGGAGUCGAACAGCUGUAUGUGCCCUCUGAGCACAUAUGGGUUCCGGAUAUUGUGCUUUAUAAUAAUUGGGAUGGCAACUACGAGGUAACUCUGAUGACCAAAGCCACACUCAAGUAUACCGGGGAAGUCUUUUGGGAGCCACCAGCUAUUUACAAGUCUUCAUGUGAAAUGAAUGUGGAGUACUUUCCCUACGAUGAGCAAAUUUGCUUUAUGAAAUUCGGUUCCUGGACCUACAAUGGCGCUCAGGUGGAUUUAAAACAUUUGGAUCAGGUCCCCGGAAGCAACCUGGUUCAAGUGGGCAUCGAUCUAACCGAGUUUUAUUUGUCUGUGGAAUGGGACAUUUUGGAAGUGCCUGCUACCAAAAAUGAAGAGUAUUAUCCCGACACUCUAGAGCCCUUUUCAGACAUAACAUUUAAGUUGACCAUGCGUCGUAAGACCUUAUUCUAUACGGUCAACUUGAUAGUGCCCUGUGUGGCUUUGACUUUUCUCACGGUGUUGGUGUUUUAUUUGCCCAGCGAUUCGGGCGAGAAGGUUACGUUAUGUAUUUCAAUACUCGUGUCGUUGACCGUGUUUUUCCUGCUUCUGGCCGAAAUUAUCCCGCCCACCUCGUUGGCGGUGCCCCUGCUGGGCAAGUAUCUGCUCUUUACCAUGAUACUCGUCUCGCUGUCCGUCUGGACAACGGUCUGUGUGCUGAAUAUCCACUUCAGAUCUCCCUCCACGCACAACAUGUCGCCACUGGUAAGGAAGCUUUUCCUGCACUUCAUGCCCAAGCUGAUGAUGAUGCGUCGGACUCAGUACACCCUGCCCGACUACGACGACUCCACGCCCAGCAAUGGAUACACAAACGAGAUCGAUGUGCGCGACAGCAUCAGCGAUUUUCCCAGCGAGUUUAAGGACAGUCAGGACGGCGCUUACGAUAAUGGCAUGCAGAACUCUGUGGAUUCUGACAAUGUGAUACCGCGCAACUUAACACCCGAAGUGCUGCAGGCGUUGCGUGCGGUCAGAUUUAUUGCGCAGCAUAUCAAGGAUGCCGACAAGGAUAACGAGAUUGUCGAGGAUUGGAAGUUCGUUUCGAUGGUCCUGGAUCGCUUCUUCCUCUGGCUCUUCACGCUGUCCUGUGUGUUCGGGACCCUGGCCAUCAUUUGCCAGUCGCCCUCGCUCUACGACACCCGCUCCCCCAUCGACCGCCAGCUGAGCGAGAUUCCCCUGCGCAAAAACAAUUUCAUGCUGCCGCCGGAUAUCGUCCGUCAGGUCCUGACUUAAUUGGGGUCCCGGGGUCCUCUGCCAGGAUGCUCCCUGGCCUGCACAAGUUAACAAUGCUUCCGAGGAACAGUUUUUAUGGAUUUCAAUCGAAUCAAUCGUCUCCGCGCGGAAUAUCGCAACGAUUUCAUAUGUUUAAGUGUUUAUCA